AUGCUCGAGGCGAACGGGGUGUCGAAGGUGAAGCUGUUCGACGCGGAUCCGAACGCGCUGACGGCGCUGGCGAACUCGGACGUGGAGGUGAUGGUCAUGGUGCGCAACGAGUUCCUCGAGGGCAUGGCCAUCAAGCAGGAGAACGCCGACAACUGGGUCUACAACAACCUGCUCGACAUCCUCCCCACCGGCGUCAAGAUCACGUCGGUAUCCGUAGGCAACGAGCCGUUCCUCAAGUCACGGCACGACUUUGACAAGUUUCUGGCGCCAGCCGUGGCAAACAUGUACCGCGCGCUCCAGAAAGUGGAGCUAGACCAGCGCAUCAAGAUCACCGUCUCCUUCAACACAGACAUCAUCAAGCCCAAGGACGACCCCGCUCUCGGCGAGUUCCAGGACGUGUGGGUGGAGCAGAUCAAAGCCAUCGCCAAGGUUAUCAACGAGACGGGAUCGUUCUUCUCCGUGAACGUGUACCCGUUCUUCUCGUACAAGGAGACGCCGCAGAUCGACACGGAUUUUAUUUGGUUUGAUAACCCCGGGCAGGGGUGCGUGGUGUUUGAUAACAAGACCAAGACGCAGUACUGUAACAUCAUGGACUCGUCGCUCGAUGGCGUCGUGUAUGCGCUGGAACGGAUCGGGUACCCCAAUAUGGAGGUGGUAAUUGGAGAGGCAGGCUGGCCGAGCGACGGCCACCCCAACGCCACACUAGCACUCGCGCAGUCCUACAACAACGGGCUCAUGCGCCACCUGCUCUCGGGCAAGGGCACGCCGCACCGCCCGAACCGCCUCUUCACCUUCUACAUCUUCGACCUCUUCGACCAGGACGCCAAGAGCACGGCUCCGGGCCCCGACGGCCACCCCAACGCCACACUAGCGCUCGCCCAAUCCUACAACAACGGGCUCUUGCGCCAUCUCCUCUCGGGCAAGGGCACGCCGCACCGCCCGAACCGCCUCUUCACGUUCUACAUCUUCGACCUCUUCGAUCAGGACGCCAAGAGCACGGCUCCGGGCCCGUUCGAGCGCCGCUGGGGCGUGUAUGACGACUACGGCCGGGUGAAAUACCCGUUGGAUCUGUCCGGAGGGAAAGGGUGGAAGCUGGCUCCGAUUCCCAACGUCGUGCGGUUACGCAACCGCUGGUGCCUGGCGAACCAGGCGCUGUAUACCGAGAAGGGAGCGACGGCUGCGGUGGUAGGCGCGCAGUUCACGUCGAAGAUCUCCACGGUUUGCGCGAAGAGCGAGGCGGGGGAUUUCGCGGAUAAGGCAGAUUGCACGCCGCUCAUGAUGCGGCUGUCCACUCCCGGCCUGCAGUGCGCUGCUAAAGGCGCGAGCCAGACUCUCCUGGCCAACGCCUCGUAUGUCCUGAACGCGGUGUAUCAGCUGUCGGGGCAGCAGGAGGCCGUGUGCACGGAUGAAGGGCUGGGAGUGGUGGUUACGGAUCAGGACCCGUCGACGGGGAGUACUGGGGGAAGUGACAAUUGCACGUAUGAGCUGGGACUGGAUAUGGACGCUAUGAAGGCGUAUACCCAGCCGAGUAAGGCGUUUUCGUGGAAGGUUCUGGGGUAUAUUGCGGCGCUGGUGCUGGUUCUGGCGAAUAUGCUGUGA